GUUAAAUCCACCUGUUAUACCACCUGCAGCGGAACAACAGUGACGGACAGCAGGCUGAAAACACAGCAGCAACAUGGGAGGUGUCUACUCCAGUGAAAAGAUGGCAGGAGUUUUCUCUUAUGAGAGUUCAGAAAUCGACUGGUGUGAAGAUAACUACAGACACUCAGAACACGUGGUGGAGUACUUUAACACUAUGAGCAGCUUUGUUUUCUUCAUUAUAUCUCCCAUCAUGCUCUACCUCUUGCACCCUUAUGCAAAAGAGAGGAACCUGGCAAUUCACCUAGUCUGGAUCAUGAUGAUAUUUGUUGGGCUCUUCUCAGCGUACUUUCACAUGACGCUCAGUUUCGUCGGACAGAUGUUGGAUGAGUUAUCCAUCUUGUGGGUUUUAGCGGUGGGAUAUUCUGUCUGGUUCCCCCGCAGGCUCUUCCCUUCUUUCAUAAAAGACAGGUCCACAUUUUCAAGCCUGGUCCUGAUUGUUACAGUGAUCACUACCGUGUCAUCAUUCGUCAAACCAACAGCUAAUGCCUACGCUCUGAAUUGCUUCGGCCUCCAUCUGCUUUAUGUCCUGGCUGAAGAGAUGAAAUGCUGUAAUGACCAGAAGGUCCUACGAUUAGCCAAGCUGUCAGUGACUCUGUGGGUGCUCGCAAUCACCUGCUGGAUUAGUGACCGCUUUGGCUGCAGCUUCUGGCAGAGGCUGAACUUCUGCUACCUGCACGGUAUUUGGCAUAUCCUGAUAGUGAUUGCUGUGGCCUACGGCAGCACCCUGAUAGCGUACCUGGAUGCCAACUAUGAGAUACCGUACUCUCUACCCGGACUGCAGUACUGGCCCUGUGAUAAAUGGGCUGUCGGAAUACCUCACAUUGUCCUGAAGGGCACCACAAGAACACAGAAACGGUGUUAAGACAUUUUAAAGCAAUUUUACUGUGAAUGAAGAUUUUUUCAGUGCACCUCAUUUGUUCAGUAAUUCAUGAAUAUCUCAAGGAACUGAUUUCAUGACAUUUACUCAACACUACCUUGUUAAAGAGUUUUAUUUCUACAGAAAGACCUGCUUUCACUCCCAAAUUGACUGACAUUUCUUAAAAUACAUAUGUAAAGAUUUUUACUACAAUGGACAGUUUACAAAAAUGAUUAAAUAUGUAAAAGUAGCUCUCUUUUUUCAUGGAGGGGCUUUCUUUGUGGAAAAGACGCCAGUCUGAAUUACACAGGCAACAGCUAUACUGAAUAAAACAUACAACACAUUACAAGAUUCUUGUACCAAGGCACUGUGAUGAAAAAGAUUUUAGAAAUGAAUUCACAAACCACAAAAAAAACAAUUCACAAAUUGUUUGUAUAUGCCCAGAAACUUUUGUCACAAAAUCUGUUUGUAAAAUGUUCUAGACUUUUACAGUUCAGGUGACCAUGGAAAGGGGGAAUAAAUACUUACUAUAUGUGUAGUCAUGUGCCUAGGUAGCCCGAUGUGUCAUAUCCCGGGGCAGGAGAGGGGGUAGGGGCGGCCAGAGACAAGCUCAACACAUGCCAACACACACGUGUCAGUUGGAAGCCAAGGCCAAGCUCCACUGCAUCACUGUUGUACAGGACUAUCAGCGGUUUUCGGGUCCACAGCACAACCAUGGGGCUCAUGGCAACCCUAUUACCGACUGGACUGUACCCUUGGCCAUGCUUACUCACCACAUCUACCCCCUACUCAAUCCUAAAGGUGUAGACUUAUUUUUUCCAACAGAUUAUUUUCCUAUUCCCCUGGGACAUGCAAGGACAUCCAGAGCAUGGCGGGGGUCAGUAAAUCCUCUGUCCUGCUCAGUGGUGCCCUCAGGUGAGCUUACUCGCCAUUACACGCCUUACUUCAAACAUACCUAAGAGUACUUUGUACCACUGUAUGUCUCCAAUUGGAAAACAUGGUUAUUUUAUAUUUACAGUUAUUAUUAAUAUUAUUUUUUUAAGAGUUGUGCACGGUGGUGCAGUGGUUAGCACUGUGAUCUCACAGCAAGAAGGUUCCUUGUCUUGCAUGCAUGGGUCCUCUAUGGGAACUCCAAAAACAUGCUCAUUAGGUUAAUUGGUGACUCCAAAUUGCCCGUAGGUGUGAGUGCGAAUACAUGCCUGUCUCUGUAUGUCAACAUUUUUAAUAGCAAGGAAUAAGCUGAAUAGACAAAGUUUGGCUGGAUUAUUUUCAAGAAUAAGUAACUUUAUUUUUAAGAUAAUUAUUUAAAUAAGCCCAUUAUUUAUAUGAUCAAAGUGGUGAUAAACUAUUUACAGUAAAAGCUGUUUUUUUUUUAUUUCAAGAUGCAGUUGUUUUCAAUAACUUAUGUAAAUAUUCAUAUAUACAUGACUGAAAUAUAAGAGUGUGAUUGUGUGCAGGUCUUUUCUUUGACUGCUUUGUGUGAUUUAAUAAAUGCAUGUUUUAUUCAUUAUAUGGAAAAUUAAAGAUGUACUGUAUGUUUUCUUAAAACUGAACUGUUAUAUCAGCUACAGUCUUCCUAAUGUUUCUUCAGCAAUGCACAUCUUAAAAUGUUUAAGGAGUUUUAAGAUACCUCAGCAUAUGGUGGUUUUAUAGUAGAUUGCUAGUUGA